UAACUCUGAUGGAAUACACAUGAUGAAGGUGUCUAUGAAUUAAGCACUGAUUGUUUUAGCUUGACUCUUGGACUGCACUGCACGACAGAAUGCAUUUUUCCGUUCCUGAUACGAUCGAGCGUAAGGACAAGAAUGGAUCCAAUUAUUUGGCUUACAAUGUACACAUCAAUGGCUCAUUUCACUGUGGUAUUAGAUUUUCAGAUCUUUACCAAUUCAAUGAACAAUUACGCAAAGAGUUUGGGCCAAGAAUUGUAGCAAAGUUCCCUCCAAGAAAGCUUCUGUCUUUGACACUAGCACAAGUAGAAGAAAGACGAGUUCACCUGGAGAGAUAUUUACAGUCAGUCUGUCAAGAUCCUGGGGUUGCUACUAGCUCUCUGUUCAUCAGUUUUUUCCUAAAUGCCCAAAAGGAAUCUUUAUCUGCUUCGCCUGAGAAUGUUCAACUUGAUGUUUACUUCAUGAAUGGACAAAAAGUUUCGCUAAUGAUACAAUCCACCGACAGAACAGAUGAUAUACUAGAGGCAUUGAUGGCAGAGAUUAACCUCAAUGAAGACUUAGUGUACUACUUUGGGCUUUUUCUGAUUAAAAGAGCUGAUGAUGGAGAAGCAACAAUUGUUAGGAGAUUUCAGGAUUUUGAGGCACCCUUUUUGACCAUGAAGUCAGAAACUGGAACUUGCAGAGUGGCUGUCAGAAAAACGUUGUGGGAUCCAAAAAUAGAGGAAAAGAUUGUCAAAGACAGGAUAGGAAUGAACUUAUUGUAUGUUCAGGCUGUCAGUGAUCUGGACAGAGGUUGGACAGUUGGCCCAAAGGAAGCACACUCAAAACUUGCAGAUCUCAAACAGAAAGGUGCCAAGCAAGAGUUUUUGCAACUUGCCAGGUCACUAAGAUUCUAUGGCUAUGUGCAGUUUAAACCCUGCACAACAAACUACCCCGAAGAAGACACAAGAGUUAUUAUCAGUGUUGGAAACAGAGAACUGAACUUCAGACUUCAAACACCUGGUCAUAAAAUCCAAGAAGGGAGCUUUAAGGUGACUAGAAUACGAUGCUGGAGAAUAACAUCAACGAGUGAAAAGAAUGAAAAUGGAGAUAAAAAAGAACAUCUGGAACUCGCAUUUGAAUACCUCGUCAAAAAAGAUGAAAUGGAGUGGAUCACAAUUUACAGUAGUGAGGCAGUUCUUAUGAGCCUCUGUCUUCAGAGUAUUGUGGAUGAGAUACUCCGAAUGAAGCAAGGAAGACCUGUGAAAAAGCCAAAAGAUCGCGCUAAACUCAAACAGGAAGCUUCCCCCAAUUUUGAGCGACAAAAUUCUGUGACAUCAGAUGCAUCUAUAGAGGGUGAUGGUGAACAAGAAAAUAAAGCUUUGGACAACUCUUCGCCUCCAUUGACAAGUCCAAAAACUCCCCAGAAACAAAGUACACCAGGCAAGAAAACAUCAAAACAGUCAUCGAACAAAGGUUUAUCACCAAAACCAGCAACUCUUCCAACAAAUAAUGCUGCCAUGACAACAAACAAAGUUUUUGAGGGAAUUGGAGAUGAUGACCUCUGAUUUGGUUUGAAGGUCACAUGGCUCCAGUCAUCACUUGCAUCAUAGUCAAAGAAACCUGGGCUUUUGUAUUCAAACAGCAGUGGUAAAUGAUUUUGGUAGUUAUUUGUUGUUUAAAAAUUCAAUUUUGGCAGUUGCAAGUUAAAGCAUAUUGAUUGCAAAAUUUAGAAUGUGGCUCUUCGUCAUGCAAUAUGUAGCUGCAACCAAGGGUGCUAAAAUUUGGUGUGAGGAAAGUCAAUGAGCAUGCUCAUGGGAGAAAAGGCAACAACUCCUUUAAUUUGUUCUGCACUAAUGCUGCACAAAAAUUAAAGGAUGAAUGAAAAUAGUGCUUAGAUUAGAAACUGAAAGGUGUUAAAUAAGACAAUAAUGCCGUAAAGGUUAAUGUUAUUGCUUGCAUCUAGACCAUUCAGCGAUUAGUUUUAAUUGUUGAAUAACUUAAUUAUCACUUGUCAUUGGACUUAUUACAUUUUAAUGGACAGAAAUCUGAAGAUUUGAUUUAAAAAGAGAAAAACUAUGAUGAUUUUGCAUAUGUAAGUAUUUUAAUGAUGAAACACCAGAGUUAAUAUUUUUGCCAGCAUAAAUAUGUUUUGGGCCUAAUGCAGGGCCAUUUUAGAAGGUCAGGUGAAAAUGAUUCAAUCUUAGAAGGGUCCAAAACAUAUUUAUGCACAGCAAAAUAAACUGUAUUACUAUUGUCAUCAUCAAUUUGGGGGCACUUAGAAAUAAAAUUGAAAAAAAUUACCACAAAACAGUCUGAACAAUCACGCAAGCAUCGGAGCAUGCUAAAAUACAUUUUAGCCCUCCAAAUUCCCAAUUUUAGCCUGCAAAAUUUGCCACAAUACCCAACAUAGUGAUAAUAAUAGCAAUAAGUGCUUUAGAUUUUGUUUCCAACAUUUAUCUUUUAACUCAGAGAAGCACAUUUUUAUUUAGUUGGUACUACUGUAAAUACUAAUUAUUGUAGUAUGUGAGAGAUUAAAACUGAAAAAUUCGUUUGAUCCAAAAAACAGUGGAAUAGGUUAAUUCAAGAGUCUGAAUUUUAGAUGUUGGACAAAUUUUAUAAGAGAAGAUUGAAAAUAUGUGGUCAGCAUUAAUUAAGUAAUUGUGAUAUUGGAUUGUGGUGAUUUCAGGUAAUGUACUGAUUAUAAAGAUUUUGCACAACACAAAUUUAUACCUGUCCUGAGCAAGUAUAAACAUUCAACCUGCAUAACAAGUUAGCAGUUGAAGAGAGUGAUGCAAUUCUCAUUUAUGACUGGCUGGACCAGUCAGCUACUUGCACAACUUGUUCUGGUAACUUGUAUUACGGGAUUCAAGAAUCUAACAACAGUGUAACAUGGCAAUCUUUAAUGGGUGAAUGAGACCUUUAAAAAUUGUGGGUUUUGCAUCAGCAAUAAGCAUGAGUGACUUAAAUCACUUGUGUUUCUAGUUUUGCUAACAUGCAGUCAUGCCAAUCUAUUCCCAUGAUGAAUGCUCACUUAGAGAUAUGACACCACAAGAUUGUUACCCACAGUCAACUGAAACUUGCUCUGUACCCAUAAAUGAGGGUUGUUUCUCAGUACUUAAUCGUAGAAGUUUGAAACCCUUUAACUCCCAGAGGUGAUUAACAAGUCAUGUAACUUCUCCCUAUAAUUCCCAUACAUUAUCCGACAAAAUGGUAAUGAGAAUAUUCAAACAAAUCGGGUAGAAGUUGUUAUUUUGAGCUAACACUAAAAUCUCAUAACUAAUUUACAAGGAAAUGUUUAGAAGCUGGAGGGGAGAAUUAACGAUCAUAUCUUGGGAGUUAAAAGGUUUAAAAACUGUCCUCAUGCUUAAGAACUUUGUGUGUUGUUGUCAGAAUACUAUUGAUGCUCUAAAAUUAUGUGAAAUUAUAUUAAUUGGUGAAGACACAGUUUUUAAUAUUAUAUCUCGUCUUUGAAAAUUAGAAGACAAUUAUUAUUUUCAAGGGAACUUAUUAGCAGUCUUAUUGGCAGUUAAGGGAGUCAGAACAAACCACAACUGCAGGAAUACAAGAAAAUAUUUCACCAAACUUCUAUGCAAAUUUCUCAUUUAUUCAGAGGUUUUUUGCAGAU